AUGGGUUCUGAUGGGCAGCACAAGCUUCCUGUUCUUGAUUUCACUAAGGAAGACUUGAAGCCAGGGACCAAUUCCUGGUUAUCAACAUGCAGAAGUGUGCGCCAAGCAUUUGAAGAGCAUGGUUGCUUUGUAGUAGUGUAUGAUAAAGCCUCUGAUGAGCUUCGAAAUGGUAUAUUCGGUCACCUAAAGGAGCUGUUCGAUCUCCCAACAGAAACCAAACGAGGAAACAUAUAUGAGGGUAUGCCCUUGAAAAGUUACGUUGGACAGAACCCCAACAUCCCUCUUCAUGAAAGUAUGGGUAUAGAUGAAGGAACAACACUCGAGGGAAUUCAAAGAUUCGCUGAAAAAAUGUGGCCCAGUGGAAAUCAUCAAUUUUGUAAAUAUUUGUUUGAGUAUGCAAAGCUAGCGGAAGAAUUGGAUAGCAUGGUGGCCAGAAUGAUAUUUGAAAGUUAUGGUGUUUUGGCGUACUAUGACUCAUAUAUAGGGUCUACAAGUUAUCUACUUAGGCUUUUGGCACACAAGGCACCGGAACAGGUCGAGCCUCAACUGGGUUUUCUGGCACACACUGACAAGAGCUUCACAACAAUUCUUCACCAGAAUCAUGUCAAUGCACUCAUGGUGGAGACAAAGAAUGGUAAUUGGAUUGAUGUUGAUUUCUCUUCACCUACUUCAUUUGUCGUCAUGGCUGGCGAUGCACUCAUGGCAUGGAGCAACGACAGAAUAAAGUCACCUAACCAUAAAGUUUGGAUGAAUGGGAGUGAAACAAGGUACUCUCUUGGUCUGUUUGCUUUCUCCAAAGGGAUACUACAAGUGCCUGAAGAGCUAAUUGAUGAGGAACACCCAUUGCAAUAUAAGCCUUUCGAUCAUCUUGGAUUACUGAACUUCACCUACGUUGCAAAUAUGAAAGACUAUUGUGGCGUGUGA